AUGACAAAAAGUAUUAUUUCCGAGAAUUCAUCUUAUUGGCAUGCACUUGAUCCAGAUCCAGGUACUUUUACACAGCUAUGCUCCAAAAUAGGAGCACAAGGAAUUCAGGUGGAGCAAUUAUCAUUACAUAAAGACAAGUUUUAUAACUUUGAACCCAUUUUUGGUAUUUUCUUAUUAGCUAAACAAAACAGUAGAAGAUUAACACUAAAAGAAGAUGGCAAUAAUUCAAGUAUAAACAAUUAUCCAAUUUAUUUUUUACAACAAACGACUACACAUAAUGCAUAUGCUAUGCAUGCUUUAUUACAUAUCUUGUUAAACUCUGAUAAUGAAAUUAAAACCAGUAAAGAUUUAAGACAAUUUAAAAAGCUUACUCAUGCUCUUGAUUCAACGGUAUCGCUCAUUAAUAAUCAAGCUUUAAGGAAUGCAAACAACAGCCUCUAUUUACCAAAAAAAAGUCAGCAAAAACAAAUAGUGUAUCAUUCAAUUUCUUAUAUAAAAUAUAAUGGCUAUUUAUGGGAGUUAGAUACUUUUAAAAAAAGUCCUUCAAAAUUAGUUGCUUGUAAUGAAUAUAACUGGCUUGAUAGUGUAUAUAACUUGAUUUAUCAAAAACAAAAAGAGGAUUCCAUUUCUUUAUGGGCUGUGAUUGAGGAUAGAAAUCGUGUAUAUCAAAGAAAAAUAAUCGAAAAGAAUUAUCUUAAAAGACAAAUAGAAUAUAAACUUGAUAAAUAUCAGCCUAAUUGGAAAUCAAGUAAUGAAGUUACUCAGUGGGAAGAAGAAUAUAGAUACGCUAUAGAUCAUAAUGAAACAAAUAGACGUGGACACAUACGAUCAAUAGAUAUGUUGAAUUAUUGUCAUUCAUUCAAUCAAUUGCCCUUAAGAAUACAAAAGAAUGUAAACUUAUUACUAAAAGAACAAAAACAUAAUGUAGAGGAUAUAAUGGAAGCAUGGAUACGAGUACAAGAUGAUUGUUUAAGACUUUAUGCAAGCUUAGGUAAUCAAGUAGAGAAAGAAGAUAUUUAUAGAAGAAAGCAAAAUAAAUAUAUACCAUUUAUACGAGCGUUUAUUCAAGCCUUAUAUGAAGAAGGUCAUUUACAAUCAAUUAUUACAAACUUAUAG